CUGAAGGUUGCCAUAGAGACCGAGGCGGGCUCUACGGAGGCCCGCGGCGUUGUCAUGGAGAUUAGCGCAAGACUGGCGCAAGAGGUUCAGCACCACGGAGAGCGGCGUUCGGCUGCUGCAAAGUGGGACCCGCGGAAGUAUCAGCUGCUCAUUGUCAUCGGAGAUGUGGGCACGGAGAGGCAGCUGCAGGCUGUGCGGGAUCACCUGGAGCGGGGUAUUCGCUCGUGGAACAUAAGUCUUGAUUCCUGUGAUCUCAAUCACCAGCUGAAGCUGUUUGCUAUAAGGCAUCUUGCCCAUUUUUCACCAGAUGUGAAAGGGCAAAGGACUCUUCAGCACCGAAGUGAUGUCCUUGAGACUGUAGUACUGGUGAACCCCAAUGCCGACAGCAUUGCACACGAGGUACGCUCCUUGAUAACAGGCUCUUCUGCACACAAGCUUUUCAUUCUGAGUGGCCAGAGCGCUGAACAGGAAGGUGAUUUGAUCCUACAGACUGGCACUUUUACAUAUCAGAGAUUUGAGGAGGUGUUCAGUGAUCCAGAGGUUUGCCAACAACUGAGUAACACCGAUCCAGAAAUCAAGGCUUCUCUAACAGUGUCGUCCUUGGGAGAGGGAGACUGGUGCAAUAUAGGAAGUUCAGGUUUUCAAGAUAUCAUUCAUAUAAAACUCGAUCCUGAUCUUGCCUUGCCAGAGAUGGAUGGUAUUUCAGAGUUUGCAGACUAUGUUUCAGAAACAGUGGAUGUUCCUUCUCCUUUUGAUCUUUUGGAACCACCGAACUCUGGCGGCUUCUUAAAAUUGUCCAAGCCAUGUUGUUAUAUAUUUCCUGGUGGAAGAGGAGAUUCUGCACUUUUUGCCGUUAAUGGAUUUAACAUCUUAGUGGAUGGAGGUUCUGAAAGAAAAUCUUGUUUUUGGAAACUUGUCAGGCACUUGGAUCGCAUAGACUCUAUAUUACUAACACACAUUGGAGCAGAUAAUUUGCCUGGGAUAAAUGGGCUUCUUCAGAGAAAGAUUGCAGAACAAGAUGAAGAACAGUCUCAGGGUUCUACUACCUAUAGUGACUGGAUGAAGAAUCUAAUUUCUCCUGAACUUGGAGUUGUGUUUUUUAAUGUUCCUGACAAACUGAAAAUGCCUGAAUCUAGCAUGAAGGUUAAAAGAAGCAUUGAAGAGGCUUGUUUGACAUUGCAGUACCUAAAUAAGCUUGGGAUUAAACCAGAACCUUUGUACAGGGUAGUGAGCAACACUAUUGAGCCUAUAACACUGUUCCAUAAAAUGGGAGUUGGCAGACUAGAUAUGUACAUUCUGAACCCUGUAAAAGAUAGUAAGGAGAUGCAAUUUUUAAUGCAAAAAUGGGCUGGUAACAGCAAAGCAAAGACUGGUAUUAUAUUGGCAAAUGGAAAGGAAGGUGAAAUCUCAGUUCCAUAUCUGACAUCCAUUACAGCCCUUGUAGUUUGGGUACCAGCAAGCCCCACCGAAAAAAUUGUCCGUGUUUUGUUUCCUGGAAAUGCUCCACAAAACAAAAUUUUAGAAGGUCUAGAAAAGCUGAAGCAUCUAGAUUUCUUGAGAUACCCAGUAGCAACACAAAAAGACAUUUCUGCUGGCAUUCCAACAGCUACUAAGCACACAAAAAUCAAACAAAGGGUAGAUAGCAAGGAAAGCCUUAAAUCCACCCCACGACCAAGCACAGGAAAACUUAACAAAAAGGAAGAUAUGUCAGAACAGCUUGCAAAGGAAAAUAAAACUGAACCAGCCAAGGAGACAAAGCUUGAGAAAAAAACUUCUAAAGAGUCUACAGAUAAGCCUAUGGAAAAAGUUAAGUUUGAAAAAGUAAAAACCGAAACAAGUGAAUCUGUAAAAGCAGAAAAGAAAAAGCUUUUAAAAGAGAAAACUGGGAAAAAAUACACAAAGGACAAAAUUUCAAAACUGGAGGAAAAAAAGGAUAAAGAGAAAAGGGAGAUUAAGAAGGAGAAAACUGAUUUAAAGAAAGAUAUCUUAAAAAAAGAGGACAAAAAGGACACAAAGAAAGAGGAGAAGAAGAGAGAACUUAAGCCAGAUGUUAAAAAGAUGCUCAAGCCUGAUUUAAGACCAUUUACUCCAGAAGUGAGAAAGACACUACACAAAGCAAAACUCCCAAGCAAAAUCAGAACAGAGAAAAUAAAGAGCAAAUCAGACAAAGAAACAAUGGCAUCAGAACAAAAAAACAACCAGCUGCAACAAAUACAAAAACAACAACAGUUUACUCAUAUGGCAGAACAAAGGUCAGCUAUGUCAUCUCCUGAAGAUCUAACCAAAGAUUUUGAAGAUCUUAAGUGUGAGGACAAACUAGAUCAAAUACAAUAUGGAGAUGAAGACAAAAAUAUUUCAGAAGCUGAGAUUGUUGAACAAAGACAUUUGGAUGUACUGGUGGUACAAAGUCAGUUUAAAGAAGAGAUAUCAUUAAAUGAAAUAACAUCAGAUAAGAAGACUCCACUUGAGUCCCCUGAUGAGGGUAUAACCACGACAGAUAUGGAGGGAGAAUCACCUCAUGAAGAAGAAAUGGCAUAUCAGGCAGAUGAGACAAUGGAAAUGGUUGAUGAAGGUGCAGCAAUGGAGGAACCCACAGAAAUAACUGAAUAUGAGGAAGAAGGUGUAACAGAAAAAGUGUCUGAAACUAUCCAAGCUUUUGAAAAGCCUGAAUUGGGUAGAAACAGAUUAGAGUCAAUGCCAACAUUGGACAUUCAAGAUCUGGAAGAUAAGGAGAAUGAAGUGGACGAGAAAGGAAUCUUGGAUAGAAAACAGAAAGAGGAGAUAAUUGAACCUUGUGAUGAAUAUUUUGGUAGCACAGUGGCAGAAGAAGAAAAAGAAGGAGAAAAAAGUCUUGAGGUAAUAGAAAAAGCAGAAGUGGAAGAAAUGGAAGAAUAUGUGGAAGAAAUGGGGGAGGAGGAGCUGAAAUCUAAAGAUGAUGGAGAAGUGGAAUGCUUAAAUGAACAGGAAGAAAACAUUUCACCUAAUUCUAAUAUUCCCCUCAUUAAUGAAGAGAUGGACUUGGUUUCAAAGGACUAUGGAAAUAUAAUGUCAUUUAGCACAGAUAUAAACAAAACUCCAACACUUCUUUCUGAUGAAGCAAUACAAUUUAUACAGGUAGAUUCCAGCAUUGUUGAAGGUGAAGAGAGAUGUUUAAGCCCUGAUGACAGUACUGUGAAAAUGGCAUCACCUACUCAGUCAGGUCCUACUAGCACAGGCCAUACUCCAUUUCACCAGUCUCCUGUGGAGGACAGAUAUGAAUCAACACAAGAAGAGCUAUUUAAAGCUGUUGACAUUCUAUCACAUGAAACAGAAGUAAAAAUUGUCUCUAAAUCUGAUUAUGACAAAUCUCCAGAAAGUGCAGACCAUUACUCUAGCAAAACGAUCCUACAAGAAGAUCCAGCUGUGUCAAUAAAUGCCAUUUCUGAUGCAGGAGUUAUCCUUCAAGCAACAAUCCCUUUAUCAAUGGGUGAUCUAAAUGAAGAAUAUUUGGAAAAGGACUCAAUAAUGACCAAAGAUAUUGCUAUAACUGAAGAAGCUGAUAUACUGCAAAAACAAAAUGACCUUUUCUCUGAGAAUGCAACGUUUGGUAAGUCAGAAGAUAGAGCUUACUCUGCUGGAACUUAUAUACAGUUUGAAAAAUCACCAGAGGAACACCUUAGUGACAGUUUCCCAUCAGAACCUAUUAAGAUACAGAAAAAAACAGAAAUGGAUAUAUUUCAGUCAGUGUCUACCAAAGAAUUGCCUAGUGAAAAGACACAAUUUUCUUCUUUUAUGGAGCAGAGUCCUAAAAAAGAUGAAACCACACCAGAGAGCACCAGCCAAGAUAUUUUACUGGAAGACACAAAGUCUUUGUCUUUCACAGAACAAGGAAAAGAGGAUGAUACAUCUCUACAAAUGUCUCUGAUCGAACAAAGUCCCAUCAUAAAUGAGACAAGUCAGAUAAUGCCAGCAAAAGAUGAAUUUUCAGAAAAUGAAAAAUCUCUGGAUUUAAUAAAGCAAACAAAAGAUAAUAAAUGCUCGUUUGAUGACCUGUCGCCAGGAUAUGUGGAUCCUUUGCAGCCUGUAGAAGAAGGCUUCACUCAAGAUAAAAAACAUUUAGAAGACAAGCAAUCUCUGGACCACAUUCAGAAUAUGCUUUCUAAAGAAUCUGGUAUUCAGAAAGAUAUAUCAACAGAACCCCUUCCUGAAGUAUAUCCAGCAGAAACUAUGGAUUUUGAUUUAAAAGAACAAAUGCACCAAAAGGAAGACAAGUUUUUGGCCCUGUCCUCUUCUAGCCCAGAUGAUUCAGAAUCUCUUUCUUUAACUGACCAUAAAUCACCACUAGGGAUGGGCGAUAAUAGUCAUUCAUUAACACCUUCAGGAAUCAAAGAACAGUCAAUUGAAGCAGAAAACAUUUAUAUGAUGCAGCUUACAUCUGAAAAGAGAGUUUGGUUUACAGAGAAGAAUCAAGACAAUAAACUACGUUAUACAGAACAUGGAGAGAGUACUUUUCUUGAUGAAGCACAUGACUGGGAUGGAGAAUCAGCCUUGAGAGCUGAUUUCUCAGAUCAGACAACUCCUGAAACAGAAGUUAAAAAUAUUCUUGUAACAGAAUACGCACAUUUUCACAAAGACACUGAACAGACAAAAGAUUCAAUGGACAUGUCUGCUAACAUUCUUAGUAAUAAAUCCAAGAAAUUAUGUCAAGAGACAGUUUCGCCCACAGAUAUAGUUUAUGGUUCAGAAGAAAUAGAAAAGAAAUCUUAUGUUGACACUUCGCCACCCCCUGAAAUUUGUUCAAGCUACCGACAUGCACCGACAUGCACUGUUGCUUUAUUUAAUGAAGGUUUCUGUCUAGAUAACUCAUUUUCAAAAGCAUUGUUUAAAGAAGAGCAAAUUAAAAAAUCAAUCACUGAAGAAACACAAAGGUUAGCGGAUGAACAUGUAUAUUCUUAUGACAAACCUAUGCAUGACAUAACAGACCUCACUAGUGAAAUUAGUACCAGUGAUAAAAAUGCUGACAUACAGACAGAAAUGCAAACAGCCACAUUUUUGGAUAAAUAUGAUAAUUCUUUAGAAGCAGAUGUACCAAUUUUGACAAAAGAAGAAACGUGCACCUCUUCCCCACAGGAAGAACCCAAAGUUGUUUUUACUAUUGAUAAAGAAAUAGUACAUGAGCCCUAUGAAACACCUACAAAGGAAACAGUACGAGAAUACGUUGAAACUUCCUAUACUGAAAGUAGUUCCUUAUCUGGCUUCAUUUCAUCGACUCAUCUGGAUAAUGUAACGGAAAUCGUGUGUCCAAAACAAGACAAAAAAUCCUCUCCAACUUCACUGAGCUACCCUGAAGAGACUAGUGUCAAAGAAUCAUGUAGCCCAUGUGAGCUAUACCCUCAAGAAACUGACUUUUAUGGGUCUUCAAAAAAGAGUGCAGUAGAAGAAAGAGAAGCUACUCCUUACCCAGAUGACAAAACAUUUCAAUAUGCUGAUAUAUAUGAAAAAAUUGCUUCUGGAGUUAGCCAUACUGGGCACAUUAUAGAAGAGGUGGAACCAUAUAGCGCUAGCUAUCUAGAAAAGGAAAACAGGGCUGUAUCAGUUUUAGAUACAGAGGAGGUUCAGGCUACUAAUAAAGGACUAUAUCAUCAAAUGUAUUCAAAAGAAGAGGAAUCACAGCUACAGUCCUUAAAGGAAAAGGAACUUUCUUCGCCUGCAUCUCCAAAAGAUAUGGGUAGGAUCACCACAUUUGAAUACACAGAAAUGGAGAAAACUGUUUCUGUAGAUAAAGAAAAAGCUACAGCUGAAACAAAUGUUUGUGAUUUGGCAGAAAUUCAAAGUACACAGAGCGGAAUUAUUUUGGAAACCCAUAAAACUGAGGCAGAAAGUCAGUGUGUGGCAUCGUCACACCACAGCCAAGUUCCAUCAUCAAAAUCUUGCCCAGUGGAGCAUGAUUUCCAUGAGCAAUCAAUGUCCUACCUUCAUGCAUCACAUCAAGAUGAUAACAUCAGUUCAGCCAAUCAAGACCUAGAAGUAGGGAAAAGUUUUACAACUAAAGAUACCUAUUAUGAGAAAACGGAGAUACAGGAAGAAAUUACAAGUGACUCAGAAUUAGAAAAAGGAGCAAAAGAAAAAUCGGAGAAGGAAAUAUCUACUGAUAUGGAGACAUUUGAUGAAAAAGAAUUACAUGAAAAUAUCACAGAAAAAGAGAAAUCCAAAGUAUCUGAUUGCACAUUACGUUCAGAGCAAACAAAAUCACAGCAUGAUUAUCCAGAUUUUAAUUCAAAUGUUCAUGACCAAAGCAGCAUUGCACAAACAAGUGGUGAAUUAUCUGUAGAACAAUCCACUGUUGAUAAUACAGGGUGUAAUAUCCAUGAAAAUGAACAAAAUAAAAUGUUCGGUGAUAUGGAAUAUACAUAUUGCCCAUUAAGGGCACAAACGGACUCUUCAGAUGAUACAGAUGAACGUCCAUUUCAAACACAUCACCAAGAGUCGCAAAGCUUUUCACAGUCACAUACAGAAGAAGCAUUUUUAGAAAGCGACGUUCCUGGUAAAUAUAACAAGGCAACAAAUGAAUUAGAAAUGGAGCUUCCAGCACCAAAAUGGGAAUAUUUAUCUGAGGCAGCAUAUUCAGAAAAGGAAACCUACAAUUUACCAUCUUCUGCUUUAAGUGAGCAUUGCUUUGAAUCAUUGCCCUUCACUGGCAUCAAAAAAUUAGGAACAGAUUGUAUGAUUACAUCUGAUUUAGCAACAGGGCAACAUGAUGAAUACCUACAGGUUUCUGAAAGGGCUUGUGAACUGGACUCCUCUCUGGACAAACACUUGGGUUCAUCUGAUCACUCACCAUUAAGUCUGACUGAUGAGAAACCUCCAUUACCUAAAAUUCCUUAUGAACAAUAUUCAGAGCUAGAUGCUCAGAAAGCGGAAUCUCAAAGCAUUUCUGGAUCAUCUUCUGAGGCUAGUACACCUGUUCGAAAGGAUAUUGCUGAAGGUUUGUAUUCACAUAUGGCUAGCACUUACACAACAGAUACAGAAGCAACUGUCAGAAGUCUGUGGGAUGUAUCCCCACUUGUUCCUGCUGAUGCCACCAAACCCUGUUUGGCAGAAGAAAAGGAUCCAGCUGGAGAUCAUAAUUCUGCUUGUUCGUACGAUAUGGAUGAUAAUACAUUACCAUGCAGAAUAGAGUGUAAGAGACCAACUUGCAUGAUGAAGUCUGGUAUGAAUAAUGAAACAUGCAAUGACGAAACCAAUUCAGCAACAAUGCCAUCAUAUUCUAGUCUUGUGCCACCCUGUCACCAAGAAGAGAUGUCCACAGCAAAUGGUCCCACAGAAGUUAACACCAGCCCAGAGUUUUUCCAAAACAUCCAAUAUAAUGAAAGUGAGAGUUUUUCAGCAGCAGUAAGAAAAGAAGAAAAAACCUCACCUGAUUCUGAGAGAGAUUCAUCCCCUUGCUCUGAGGAGGAUACAGAGAAACCAAACCGACCUUCUUCUCUUAUGUCCCCUGUACAUACAUUUGAAUCUUAUUAUCCAGGCGCACAAAGCCCCGAGAGAACAGAAGAUCAUGGUGAUGCCUCCCAUGAGUUUGAGCCCCGGCUAGGAUCAUCAAGUGAAUAUGAGCGUGUGUUGUCAUCAUCUGAAUAUUUACACAGGAAAGGGGAACUUUCUCCUUCAUUCAUCAACCCAAGUCCUCUUGACUUAUCAGAUGACAGUGAUCUCUCACAAGAUGAAGGCCAUCCUUCAGUUAAAGGUAGGACACAUCAUGCAAAUGCAAAUGCAAAUACAUGCCAUGUUCAAGGCACAACAGUUGAUGAAACACCGCCUACAUCUGUUAGUGACUCAGGAACCUCUCAAUCUGAUUCAGAUGUUCCACCAGAAACUGAAGAGUGUCCCUCCAUAACUGCUGAUGCUGCAAUGGAUUCAGAUGAAGAUGCAGAUUUUCUUCCUGUGGAUAAAGCAAUGGGGAAUUCACACCACAGCAAUACAAGGCAAGGUCAUGAUCCUCAUCCUGCUCCAGUGAUGGAUCCUCAUCCUCACCCACCUCACCCUGAUGUCUGCAUGGUAGAUCCAGAAGUGUUAGUUAAUGAAUUAAACCUCAGCAAAGGUGACAAGGUGCUCAAAAAAGAUCUAAAAGAGAAAAACAAAGGGGUCAGAAAACCAUUAACAAAAGUCAAAUCAACGUCUCCUGCUAGGAAAGCAGACUUUAAACAUCCCUCAACACUCUCUAAACAAACAUCCAGGGACCCAACAGAUAAAUCUCAAAAAACUACAACUAUAAGGAAAGAUAAGGAAGCUACAGAUAAACUGCAAAAACCAAGGAGUCCAAUGCAGACACAUUUUUCUAGAGGGGAAGAAAAAGAAGAGGUCUCUAAAGGCAGUAACAGUAAUACUAACAAGAUGGUUAAUGGCAUCAAGUCAGCUACAGGUCAAAGUGGCUCCAAAGCAAGUUCCACAGUUCCACCUGGGCCACCAGUCUAUGUUGACUUGGCAUAUAUCCCUAACCACUGCAAUGAGAAGAACACGGAUUUGGAAUUCUUUAAGAGAGUCCGUUCUGCGUAUUAUGUUGUAAGCGGUAAUGAUCCAGGUAACGGAGAGCCCAAUCGAGCUGUGUUGGAUGCACUUCUGGAAGGAAAGUCCCAGUGGGGAGAGAACCUUCAGGUGACUCUGAUACCAACGCAUGAUACAGAGGUGACCCGAGAAUGGUACCAACAAACUCAUGAGAAACAGCAAGAGCUUAAUAUCAUGGUCCUGGCAAGCAGUAGCACUGUAGUGAUGCAAGAUGAAUCUUUCCCAGCAUGCAAGAUUGAGUUCUGAGCUUGCUAGCUGCCAAUCAUGUCACUAGAAGUCCAUCCCAUUUAGGUUUGUGUACAUGGGCCACUCAGGCCCCCUCUAGAACUGGACUGUAAGCAUUCGGCCUGCUUUCUCUCUGUGUUGUUCUUGUUCCACUCACAUCCAUGUUGGCAGUUUGGAGAAGAGAGGCGUCCUUACUUUACAUGUGCUUAUGCUGGAAAGCAUCUGAAUUAUGUUAAACUUACACUAUUCAUUUUGCAUUGUUUUAAAGGUUUUUUUUUUUUGUGUAGCAGUUGAUAUUUAAAGACGGCACAUCUACAUUUUCAGUGUCUUAUGCCCUGCGCUACUCUGCAGGAAAAUAACACUUUACUGUGGCAUAGGUUUAAUGUAAAAUAUUUGUUUAUUGUUGAUCAACUACAAAAUAGUAGGAUGCAUAUAGCCGGGUCUCCUCCCAGCCAGAUACAAUACUUAGAUAGGAAUAUGGGUACCAUGUUUUCUCUCAUGGUUAGUGUGCGUUGAUAUAGAUCACCAGGUAGAAUACUGGUGCUGUAAAUAUAUAGCUUACAUUUUUAACCUGCUAAUGUAAACUUGAACUUGUAGAUCACAGGCCGCCGAAAAAAAAGCUUAAAAUACACUGAAUGUCUGUAGCGUGAUAGCAAAAUACCAAUACAGGUGAGAUUAAAAAGAUUUUUAAAAACGCAACCUUCUUUUUCUGCAACAAACCAAAUGGGCGUGUGAAACAGAAGGACAUGUCUGCUUAGAGAGAAACUUUUUUUUGUGGAGCUUUGAUGAGACAUCUAUGGAUUCCUAUUAUAGGAUUUUAAGAAGAACGUACCAUGUGUGUGCUUUCAGCUUUCCCUACGCCCCCUCCCCAACUUCUGCAUGUCUGUCGUGCAUUAGGUGUCCAGUCAGAGUAGUGAAACAGAGUCACGUUUCUCUGAAGCAGGGUGCAGGCAACUUGGGGAACUGCAUUUAGAUCUUUUGGGACCAGGCAACCUGAAUAGGCACACAUUUCUCUCUAGCAGACCAGUGACACUAACAUAGAUACCCAUCCACUGGGUACAGAGACAUAGCAUUAUUCCCUUAAUAUCAUUAACCACUAGGUGUGUUUACCUUGACUGAUUUGGUUAUGUGAUGUGACACAUUCCAGUAGCUUGGUUAUAGACAUGGGUGGAAACUAUGAACUAAGAACAUAUGGACAACCACAACCAUAUACAAUCAAUACACAAUAAUGGCUAGUUGAUGUCUUUAACAAAACACACCUUGGCUAUGCACAAAUAAGUCCUUUACUUCAUUGACCCCAAAUUCCAAAUAGUACUUGUAUCAUAUCAUACAUUUGAUAAUAUCAGGAAUCACAUUAAAAUUGUAAGAAACCCAUUUACAAUGGCAAAAGUUAACAGAGCAACUGUCUAACUAAAGAUUAAACCAUGCGUACAACCCAUGGAAAACCAUCUACACUACAGUGUAAGUCAAAGACCUGGCAUUGUUCUAAGAGGGAAAGUAGAUGAACAUGUUAAGAUGACGGUUGAUUUAGUCCCAGCAACUAGAAGAACCUUAGAGAUCAGUCUGUUGAGCAGUAAUAUUCAGCAGCAGGUCCUACCACUGUAUUGUGCGCUCAUGGAGCAUGGCAACACCAGUAUUGAUAAAGCAACACCUUACCCUGCCCCGAAGUCUCUUAUACUCCAUUUUUGCCUCUGUUUUUAUUGGUUUUGUUUGUGUUGAAACCCUGGUCACCAAAUGGACCAUAUUAAUAUUAAUGACAAAUCCGCCGCAACAAUCUGAAAACUGGGAAGCAGAAUACAGUGUAUGUUGUAGUGUAUGUUACUGUAGGCCAAGGAGGUCCAACCUGCACCCUCCAGCUUUGGUUUUUCCAAUAUCAAACACCAGAGAUUGUGCCAAGGCUGGAUAAGUCUCACGUAGAAUAAUGUAGGCUAAUGUUAUACGAGUUACGCCAGAGAUUUGUUUGUUUACCUGACAAUUAAAGCUGCUACACACAAACAUAACCAACUUUAUUUUUUUUUUUAACAUAGUUAUUCUUUAAUGCUGUAAGGAACAUCCUUACACACUUAAAAAAUCUGCUUGAUGGCAGAGCAAGAUGUUUAUUUAUCACUUGUUCACUUGUGUAUUUUGCUAUCUAAUUUAUAUAUUUAUUUAUUGUUGAGAGGCUUAGCUACUUUCAGAGGCCUUACAAUAAGCAGUGUUUUAUAUAUAUAUAUAUAUAUAUAUAUAUAUAUAUAUAUAUAUAUAUAUCGUAGUUCCUUUUCAUUUUCUAUCAUAAUUAUGUGUUAUAGAGUUAACAAAUGAAUUAACCGUUGCUGUACUAAUCGUGAAAAUGAGCAGGUUUAAGGUACCACUUAGCAUACCGGGUGCUGAAAUGCAGCACAGACCCUUUCACUACCUGUAGGUUUGGUAGAAAAUUAAUUUUCGACAUGGUGUUUGGAGCCCUAACACUGCCUGACAUACGAGAGAAAGUGGAAAAUAAUGGCAUUUUGUCUGUGAUGAAUCAGAACCUGUAUAAGGUUUUCAGAGCACAGAUCUACCUGCAAGGAAAUACGUAGGGGUUGAUCAUCUUCCAGUUUUGCACUAGGGUAUCUGAAAAUUUGUGAAAGACCCUUGCAAUUUUGCACACAGAAAUACAAUUAUUCUUCAAAUCCUUUAAAGUGCUUCAGUUCCUGUUUCAAAGCUACAAUAUGUUUUCAAGGAGCAAAAGUGACAUAACAGGGCUGAUAUAUUAUUAAUCAAGGUUACACUUAAAACUAGUGCAUUUUUUAAACUUCAUUUUACCCAAUUCAGACCUUUGAUUAAUAAUAAUAACUCGGCCCCAGCUGAACAAAUAGGUAAAAAUAAGUUUCGGCAGCAAAACAAGCUUUGCUUAGGCACUGCCCAAUCCUAAAUACUCAACAAGAAGUGCCUAGAAAAUGUUUCUAUUGGGUGUCCUGACCCAAAUUUACAAUGCUGUCCACCAUAUACUAAGUGUCCCUUUUUCUACAAUACCAAAUGCAAAAGGGUGUUAUAUGGAGAAUGAAUAAAAUGAAAAUAAAAAAAAGAAUAAUGAAAUAAAAACCCAAAAGGGCACGAACAAAAGCUGUAAUUCAGUAUAUGGCCGUUGAGUGUUUGUAGAUGAUUGCUUCAUGUUCUACGUUGUGGUUUUGAGUUAACAAGUGAUUGUCUAUGUGUUGCACACUUACUUUUUAUCCCUCCCCCAAAAGCCUCCCAAAUGUUAAGUGAUACAUUUAAGAGAAUUGCACAUUAUAUUUUAAGAGUGCCGUGUGUUAAUGUGCUGGAAUUUAUGUUGAUGCAGUUAACUUGAAAGCAACGAUGCACAAGUGGCCCGUCCGUGUCAGUUAUGAUCUAAUGAAUUGCUAUUUGUGUGGUUUUCCUCCAUGUUCGAUUUUUAGGCCCCGCCUAGUUGCUGCAAUGCUUGUGGCCCAAAGCCAGUUAUAUAUAUAAAUAUAUAUUUAUGUGCCUGCAUAGUAAGUGCACCCUAAAGAUAAGGGCCCAGCUGGAGCCUGCAAGUGCACAUCCAUGUCCUGUGUUCGUGGCCAUAAUGAGUGGCUAGGCACAGGAAUAGCUAAUGCACUAAAAUGAAUCAGCUAUGAAUGUUUUUAUUACUCUUUAAACUUGAACGGUGAAACGAAAGCAACAACAACAACAUAAAAAACUCAAUGACCACGGUCAUUCUGACCAAAAUCCUGACUUGAACAUGACACAGCUGAAUGGAAAUACUAAGUAAGGUGACAAAGUUCUGCAGAAGAAUGUAUUCACACUUACACUGACACUCUCUAUAUUAACGUCUGUGCAUUACUUUCUUAUUUCAAACCAGCUUCCUAGCAAAAUCUAUGCCGUUUGACACAAAAUAAUACAAACCAUAAAAGAAUUGACCAAAUAGUUUCUGAUUUCUGCCUUCUGCUUUGUUCUAGGCCUUUUGUAGAGCUAAAUGGACACUCUGUUAGGCUGGUACUUCUUGCCUCUGCCUUGCAGUACCCGGGAGAAUACAGACACUGUAGAAUUUGCAGCACGAUAAUGUGAUCUUUGUCAGUUUCCAAGCCUACAAUUACUGGCAGGCUUGAGCAACUCCCUGGGCAUAUCACAAAACACAACACAGAUUAUCAGUACACACAUGGCUACCAUAGAACAUAGCAUUUAGGUGAUAGAGAACUAUAGGAAACAUUUUAAAAAAAAUCAGCUGUUGCUUGUUUCUGCAUGUGGACUAAAAUGAGUUAUACUCAUGUAUGUAAUACUUAGAAGAAACUAACAAAAAAAAAUACUUAUUUUACAAAAAAAAAAUAUAAGAAAGUGAAAAUGUCUUAAUUGUAUUGAAAGUUUGCAAACUGUACUCCUGAUGGCUUAUUUCUAUACUGGAUGUUGUAUAAACAGAACCCUUACUUUCUCAUUCUGUCCCUCAGAUGAACAACCCAGUUCAACUAUACCUCCCAGGGGCAUGUUGGGAUUUGUAGUUCUGCGGGGUUGGGCACCCUUGGUUUUUCUGAUUCUGUUCUGCAGCUUUAAUAACAACCUUUGUCGUCUGUUCCUUUCUUUUUUCUGCUCCUUUAAAUGAUCCCCUUUCUUUGUGUGCAAUAUUCUGUACUUCUGAAUUACUGUAAAUGGAAUCCGCCUGAAACACUUACAAUAAAAUGACAUUAAUAUACCAAA